AUGUUGGAACUGGUUGCACUACUGAGUCUUCUGGUGUCUCUGACAACUGGUUCAUUAGCCAUUGCAUUGACAUCAUUGUUUAAUGAAAACAGAGCUGUAUUGAUUAUAAUAGCAUGUUCUUCUAUUGUAUAUGCCCUUACAGUUCUAAUAAGGUUGAUUUUAUUCCUACCUUUAAAUAAAUAUUUUAUACGAUCAACCAAUAUUUUUUUUCAAUUAUUGACUCUAACAUGUUCUGUAGAAUAUUUUAAUCAAACAACUAAGCAUAUUCCUUAUCCAAGCAAAUUAAAUAAGCAUUUAACGAUAGCAUUCCAAUCCGCAUUAUUAUUCAGUCUUUUCUUUAAUGGUAUAUUUACCGGAUGUGACAAUUCAGCACAGAAAGUUCAAACUGAAUCAGAACAAAAUCAACAGGAAGACGAAGAAAAGAAUCUACAAUCAUAUAAUACAGAUACUAGUUUAAAUAAUAAAUUUAUUCCUUUGAAGAAUUCGGCACAAACUUUAACACCUGAUAUGGCUAAUGGGUAUGUUAAUACUGAAAACAGAGUCAAUUGGGUUCUGAAUGAGUUUGGAAAGACCAAAGUUUCUGAUGAAAUAUCAAAUUCUUCUGUUGUGAGACAUCAAUUGACACCAAUUAAAUUUUCCUAUAGAUCUAGAUCAUCUACUUCCAAUAGCACAUCCGAUAAGAUUUAUAAGAAACCAUCAAUUAAAUUUAGAUCAAGAAAAUUAAACAUAAAGUCGCCAUUCAAAAACAGAAAGAAUCAUGUAAUACAAGAGAAAUUGGAGAAAUUGCCAAAUAACAAGACAAACUUAAAUGCAAGAUAUGUUACAAGAUUAUCAACUAUUUCAGAUUUACCAAGAAGUUUCCUAAAUAUGUUAUCAAAUGCAUCAUCAACUGAAGUAAAUAGAGUCGAUAGGCCUGUCUCAGCAGUCAUGGAAUCUACAAAUAUGAGAAAUCAACAACCAUUAUCAAACGAAACAUUAUUAAAAUGUAGAUCCCAAAUGCAACUAGAAAGAGAUGCAAUAGAAAGAAUGGAUCAUACAUUGCUUCCUUCCUUCUUAAAUAUCCCUUCCCCUAUGGUUGCUGAAGAUGCUGCGCCCAGCAUUAAAACAGAGGCUACCCGUCCUUUGUCACCUUUAAUAACUCAAAACCAAAUCAACGAAGAGGAAACUGACAAUGAGAAUGAUAAAGCCUUUAAUGCUAACAAUGAUAUUCAUGAAGAACUUGGUAAUCUCAGCGGACAAAGCAUAGAUAUUUUAGAACAAAAUGAACUAGCUGAUAUCUCAGAGGUUCCAGGCGAAUCAUUCUUUGAAGAUUCAUAUGAAUUAGAAAAACCUUCUCAUAUAGAGUUGCCUCAAAAUGUUACACUGGACAUGUGGGAGAAGGAUAGUAAUAAAUACUUAGACAGAGCUGAUGAUUUACGAAAAUUACAUAUAAUCCAAAAUAAAAACCUGAUUCCGGAAUUUGGCUUAAGCAAAGAAGAAUUAGGCUCCCCUUCACAAAUUUCUCCACUACCAACCAAGAAGAACAAUUUUACAUUUCCUUUAAAACAAAUAAUGGAAACAUCUCAGGCACCUCAAGAACCACGUAUGUCACAACAAGAUGAUAUAUCCAGUUCUGAUGCAGUAAGUGAGUUAGAUCGAUAUUUAAAGGAAUUGAGCAUUACUGAAGAGGAUCCGGGACACUUACUAGAGGAGAGUUUUAGAAAUGAUAAUACUACAUCUCUUAUUUUGGAAAAUUCCUACAGAGAACUAAUAGAAACAGACAAUAAUCACUCACCUACAAAAUCACUCGUUUCAAUAAUUAGCUCCGGUAGCAUGAAACAACAUAAACAACAGAAAUCACAAAGCGCAGUCAACAAUUUGCUAUAUAGCUCCGCAUCACAUGCCAAAUCUAAUUCACAACCUAGCUUUAGAUUUCCAACUAACGGAAGUAAUGUUGUUUUCUCGUCAACACAGUCAUCUCCGAUCAAAUCACACAGUUUUAAAAGAUUUAGUAAGAAAUUAUCAAUAUCAAACUUAAAUGAUACCCAUUCGCAUUCCAGAUCGAACGAUCAUCCCUUUGACUUGCAUAAUAUGUAUACGAGGGAACAUAGUAGAGGGAAAAGUGUAGAUUUUACUUAUCUACGUUCCAUACAGAGUCAACAUUCACCAACCAAAUCUAUAACCACCACGAACUCAAUAACUAAUUCAAGCAGAAGGAAUAGUGCCAUACCCGAAAGUGCAUCAAGAACUGUUAGUAAAAUAUUUCAAAAUAAGCAUGCAGAUAGUACAUAUCUCAUGAAUUCCGAAGACUUAUUUAAUAUUACGCUAAAGCAUCGAACAGAACUAUCCCUAUCUCAGGAGCAACCAAAUUCUGAUGAUUCCGCAAUAGAAUCACAAGAGUCAGGACCAAGUUAUCCAGAUAGCGUAGUUGGUGAAUAUGAUAGAGAAAGAUGGACCACAUUACAAAAUCUCGAAGUUGAAUAA